AUGGCGAUGCCUGCAGAAUCUGACAGUACCAGUGCGCAGAGCAGCACUCAUGAAAAAAGCCUCAGCGCACCGGAUCGCAAUGGUUAUGUGAAAACAUGUGUCAUCCCACUGUGCCGUGACCGAGAGUACGAGUCGUGGGUGAGGCUGAUGUUCACAAAAAUAUGGAGUUCCCAGAGACUCAGGAGUGCGGUGUGUGUGGGGUCGCUUUCGGUUUUUCUCGCUCUGUUGGUCAAAUGUGCAGACUGGAAAGCUGAAUCCAGCAGCAGCAGCAGCAGCUCUGACAACAGACUCUCACAUUCAUCGUCUCCCCUUCACUUCGUUUCAGGCUGCGCGGCGGAGCUGUUGCAAACUUGCUGGAAUGUGGUUUCGCCAUUGUUCACCCUUGUAUGUGCCUUCUUUUGGGUUGGUGUGUACUUAAUCCGCUGUGGGGUACUUAUCCAGACCGCCCUCUCCCUCCUAACCUUGUGCCACCUGGGCGAGGCAGCGGCGUGGUCUCUCCUGGACGGGACAGAUGAGCAGCUGUUUUCAUUCAGUACAGCGGCCGUGGUCGUGCUCAUCUGCGUGGCCACCGGCGCACUCAUGGUAGCACGGCUGAAUCAGGGCAUAUCUGUGAUCGUUUUCAUCAGCGUAGUCAGGACUAUAUCACUAUUCUCGCUGCACAAAGUACGGGCUACUUGGAGACCGUACGUAGCGUACCUCGUUGGAGUGCUGGGCAUCCUGCUGGCGAGGUAUGCUGACAAGCUCCUUCCCAACCAAGGGAGACACAAGGAGGGCUGCACCCCCGUGACUGGAGCCAGGGAAGAGAUCCCUGUAUUUAAAAGGCGCAGGAGGUCCAGUUCUGCGAUAGCCUCAGACAUGGCACACAGUCAGUCCAACAGUAAGUCACAUCGCCGGACCUCUCUGCCAUGCAUCCAGAGGGACCAGAUGCUGUCCCGCUCGGAUUGGGACCACAAGAGAGGCUCCCGGGGAUCACAGUCAUCAGGCACCACUGUCAUGGUAGACAUAGCAGUGAUGGGAGAAGCCCACGGACUAAUCACAGACCUGCUGGCUGACCCUUCUCUGCCCCCCAACACCUGCACCUCACUGCGGGCCGUCAGCAACCUGCUAACCACCCAGCUUACCUUCCAGCCACUGCACCGGCCACGCCCUGCUCCCCUACUUAACCCCAGUGAUGCCUACACCUGCUCCGACUCAGAGGACGGACCUGAGAAGGGAGAGAAGACAUCUAUCCACAAGCGUCUGAGGCGGAGUCUCCACCCUGGCCUUCUGAGGAGGAUCUCUUCCACGUGGACCACCACCACAUCCGCCACAGGCCUACCCACUAUUGAGCCUGGGCCCGUCCAAAGGGGCCGCAGCGCCAGCAUCAAACCGUACCAUGAAACUCUCACAUGCAGUUGUGGGAGACCAUACAUCAGACUGAGCCAUGGGGAAGGCUCCAUAGACAAGGGAGACAGGAUACCACGGUCAGCGGAGGACCAACCAAUUGUGUCAUCAGACUACGACAGCACCCAUGAAGCCAACCACAGUGACAGCAGUGAUGUAGCACAUACAGAGGAGGACACAGAGGAAGGAAAAAACUCCUCCCAGAAUGUCAUCCUCCACCAACUAAUACCUCCGGAGGACAAACCCAUUCUGGCUCCAGAGCCGCUAAUGAUGGAGGACUUAGAGCCUUUGAUGAGUCAACUAAACAAUUGGAACUUCCCCAUUUUCAGCUUGAUGGAGAAGACCAAUGGUAAAUGUGGACGCAUCCUCAGUCAGGUCUCCUACAGGCUCUUUGAAGACACUGGCCUGUUUGCGACCUUCAAGAUCCCUGUCAAUGAAUUCAUGAACUACUUCCAUGCCCUUGAGGGUGGUUACAGAGACAUACCAUAUCACAACAGGGUCCACGCCACAGAUGUGCUCCAUGCAGUCUGGUACCUCACCACACAGGCUGUGCCUGGUCUGCCCAGCCUCAUUACUGACCACGGUUCUGCUAGUGACUCAGACUCUGACAGUGGAAUAACACACAGUCAUAUGGGCUUCCUGGUUUCAAAGACCUACACUGUGUCAGAAGAUGGCUAUGGCUGCCUGUCAGGUCUCAUACCUGCUCUGGAGCUCAUGGCUCUUUAUGUGGCUGCCGCAAUGCAUGACUACGACCACCCAGGACGGACUAAUGCGUUCCUUGUGGCCUCCAGCGCCCCACAGGCAGUGCUCUACAAUGACCGUUCAGUUCUGGAAAACCACCACGCUGCCUCAGCCUGGAACCUCUUCAUGUCGCAGCCAGAGUACAACUUCCUUGUCAAUCUGGACCACGUGGAGUUCAAGCGUUUCCGUUUCCUGGUCAUUGAGGCCAUACUGGCCACUGAUCUGAAAAAGCACUUUGAUUUCCUAGCUGAGUUCAAUGCCAAGGUGGGAGACGAUCCAUCUACAGGUAUUGAUUGGUCCAACGAGAAUGACAGGUUGCUGGUCUGUCAGAUGUGCAUUAAACUGGCUGACAUCAAUGGACCUCUGAAGUGCAAGGACCUGCAUCUGCAGUGGACAGAGGGCAUUGUCAACGAGUUCUAUGAACAGGGUGAUGAGGAGUCCAGCAUGGGCCUUCCUAUCAGCCCUUUCAUGGACCGAGCGGCACCACAGUUGGCCAAACUCCAGGAAUCGUUCAUCACACACAUCGUGGGACCACUGUGCAACUCGUAUGACUCGGCCUGCCUCAUGCCUGGACGAUGGGUGGAACCCAACCCAGAGGAAGAGGAGCCAGAGAUCACAGAGAAUGAGGAGGAGGAGGAUGAGGAGGAUACUGCAGAGGAGGACACGUCCACCAGCUCGGAAGCAUCACAGACAGGAGGCCUCAAGAAGAGGAGGAAAGUCUUUUGUCAGAUCACCCAUCACCUCAUGGAGAACCACGAAAUGUGGAAGAAGGUAAUUGCAGAGGAGGCCCAGAAGCAGGGCCAAGGAUCAGAGUCUGUCCAUUUAAACAAUGUAGCUGAGCCAAUUCUGGCUAUUCAUGAGGAGGAAGAGGAGCCAGGCAGCAGAGAGGAGCUGGUAGAAGGGGAGGAUCCAGAGGAAGGAGUGGAGGAACCAGAGUGGGCCGUCUCUCCGCAGGAAGACUCUAAACCAACAGAGGAACUAGAGGAGGGGGACUCACAGUGA